AUGAACUCAAUGCUCAGGACCGCCUGGAGGCACGGGAAUCGCCCGAAGCCCGCGAGGAGCGCCGUCCUUGCCGCCCCGACCGCUGUCCUUCCGGCAUGCCGUCUCCCCUCCCUCUCCUCGACCCAGUGCCAUCCCGCUCUCUCAGCCUCGUCUCCUUCCUCUCCCCGCCGCUACACGACCUCCCCGCGGCUGCUUUUCCACACCACCGAACAUUUCGAACGCAAGGAGUCCAAACAGGUGCGACCCAGCCAUGCGACGAAGCGGAACUACCAGGUCUUCCAGGCCCUCGUCGAGAGCCACCUGACCAAGGUGUUCGCCGAGAUGGGGCCAUGGGCACAGAACCAAGAUGAAUACCGUCCUUUCGGCCUGACCAGCCAGCAGCAACUGGAUAAGGAGGUCAAGCUGUUCCGCAUGGUGCUGGACAAGGCCUUCAAAUUGGCAGUGGAAGAUGGCAAGCUGAGCCGCCAGGACAACCCUUUGUUCUGGGGCCUGCGCAACGCCUUCAUCAAGCAGGAUGCCACGGGGCUGCGCCGUGAGCUCAAGUACGCCUUCCAGACCUUCCUGAUGCGCUCGCGCUUCCCCAAGGCCAUCAACGAGCUGCACAUGGCCCUGGCCGACCUGCGUUUUCCGUACGAGUGGUAUCCGGCUACGCGCAUGAUGCAGCGGACUUUUCAUCUGCACGUCGGCCCUACAAACUCGGGCAAGACGUACAACGCGCUAAAGGCUUUAGAGAACGCCCGGACGGGCAUCUACGCCGGCCCGCUGCGCCUGCUGGCCCACGAGACGUGGACGCGCUUCAAGGCGAAGAAUAAGCCGUGUGCUCUCAUCACGGGCGAGGAGUUGCGCAUCCCGGAAAAUACGGAUACGUGGUUUCACAGCUGUACGGUAGAGAUGACGCCGCUCAACACGCGUGUCGAUGUGGCCGUCAUCGACGAGAUCCAGAUGAUCGCCAAUGAUGAGCGCGGCUGGGCCUGGACCCAGGCCGUGCUGGGUGUCCAGGCCAAGGAGGUACACCUGUGUGGCGAGGAGCGUGUGGUUGAUCUGAUCCAAAACAUUUGCGCUCGCCUAGGCGAGAAGUGCAUUGUGCACCGCUACAACCGUCUCAAUGGGCUCGAGGUUGAGAAGAACAGCCUCAAGGGCAGCUUUCGCAACCUGCGCAAGGGCGACGCUGUGGUUUCCUUCUCGCGUCUCACGCUGCACCAGCUGAAGGCUGGUAUCGAGCACGACACGGGCCGUCGCUGCGCCAUUGUCUACGGUAGUCUUCCCCCCGAAACGCGCGCCAGCCAGGCUGCGCUGUUUAAUGACCCCGACAACGAAUACGACUUCCUCGUGGCUAGCGACGCCAUCGGCAUGGGUCUCAACCUCGAGGUCCGCCGCGUGGUCUUCGAGACGGUCCAUAAGUUCGACGGCACCAAUCUCCGCCAGCUUAGCGUGCCCGAGAUCAAGCAGAUCGGUGGGCGCGCAGGCCGCUACCGCACCGCGGCCAAGGCCAACGUAUCCGACGAGGAAGCAAACCAACCUCCGCCGCCGGGUUUAGUAACAGCUCUUGACGACGAAGACCUGCGUGUCAUUCGCAAAGCCUUCAACACCGAUGUGUCCCCCAUCAAGACAGCCGGUCUGCGCCCACCCCCCGCCGUCCUGGAACGUUUCCACGCCUACUUCCCUCCAAAGACUCCCACUACUUUCGUACUCGCCCGUCUGCGCGAAAUGGGCCGUCUGUCAGGUCUCUUCCACAUGUGCGACAUCUCCGACGCCCUCCAAAUCGCCGAGCUCAUUAAGCCCUACGACCUUUCCAUCCCCGACCGCUGCGUCUUCCUGCACGUGCCCAUCAACCUGCGCGACUCGAAACAAGUCGACGUGCUCAAAGCCUUUGCCAAGUGCGUCGCAGAAAUGGGCUCCGGCCAUCUUCUCGACUUCCCCGAGCUAGACCUCGAGGCGCUGGAAGCACCCCGCCCUAAGGCAGGCCAGCAGGCUCAGGAUUAUUUGCGGAGAUUAGAGUCCCUGCAUCAGGCGAUUACUAUGUAUUUGUGGCUGAGCUACCGGUACCAGGGCGUCUUCCAAUCUCAGAACCUGGCCUUUAAGGUGAAGCAGAUGGUGGAGGACAAGAUUGCAGACCAUUUGGAGCAGCUGAAUUUCGUGCCGGAGAAGCAUCGCGCUAGGAGGAAGUUCCUUCGUGAGAAGGCCGCGCAGGCGGAGGAGAAGGAGAGAGAGGUGCUGGGGGAUGAGGUGGAGGCGGUGCUGGAGGAGGAAGGGGUACAUGAUGAGGGAGUCGGGCAUUGGAAUGAGGAGGGGCAUGAGGAGAGCUUGUUUGAGACGCCCGAUGGCGAGGUUUCUCCGAAUAGGGGGAACGGCGGAGAGAAGGAGACUGGUCAGGCGCAGGCUAAGCCGGCGUGA